GUCAGUGGUAGCCUCCUUGUGUAGUAACAUACGGUUCUGUGGAUUUGGCGUUUUUGGAAAUGGGAAAUGGGAAAGAUCGAGGUUCAUACAUUUCUUGCCUAUUCUUUCAUAAAUAUAUUAUUUGUUUUACUUUAGUAGUAUGACGUACUUUGCAGAUACUACUGAAAAAUUAGAUCAAGCAAGUUGGUGAGAGAUUUAGAGCUAAUUUUAAUUAUAUUAAAUAUCUUUUAUGCCGUCUCUUUUAAAUCGUUUAGUUAACAUUAAUAUAUUAUAGGAUAUGAUACUCCAUUCUUAACUGAGAACGUAGCAACGGCAGAUGAAAAUUCUAUUUUAGUAUUGUUGUCGCCUUGCGUGUGACGUAUUUGGCUCUUUUUACUUGAUUUAGGCCUAGUUGAAUUUGUUGAAUCGUAAUUAUUAUUGUUAUUUUUAAAAAAAAUCCAUUAACCUAUUUAUGAACAGAGUGAAAGCUAUGCCAUCAUUUUAAAAAAGUGUGCUGAGCAGUUUAGGUUUGAGGUCUACACCUUUCCUCUGCUUUGAAAAUGUCAGUGGUCUGUGAGGGAUUUUUCAGAAGGAGAGAGGUAGCGACUGGGCUACAUUUUCCACGGUUCAGUUGAUGACAUCAGCGAGAUGGAGGCGGCCGUUAUUAUCAUUGCUACGGUGGUUUUGAGGACUGGAGGUAUUGAGGUCGUCCUGUCAGUUCUUUUAUUGUGUUUAAUGAAUUUAGUCAACUUUAUUACGGAACAUUUUUUGUGGAUGUGAUUUUAAAUGCUUAUCCAAAAUUAUAUCUGAAAGAAAAAUAAAGAUAUAUACAUAAAAGAAAAGUCUUACAAAGUGACAUAUGGGGGACAGACAUCAAAGCACAUUUUAAAAGAGCAAUUAGCCUGAACAGGAAACUUACAAAGGAAUUUUUACUUGAGCUGGUGUAAAUCAGCAGUGAAAAAAAGUCUGAAAUUUUAGGGGAAAGAGGAAAAUUCCUAGGGUGACCAGAUUACCUUGAGGACCAUGUAUAUAAUGCAGUGAUAACUUACAAAAAUGUUAACUACUGUCAGAAAACCCACUUUAAUAAGGAAUACAGGAUGCCUGGUCUACCUAACAAUGCCAGGCAUAAAUAUUUAGUAACUGACUGAGCUUGGCUGCAGUUAGCCCACAAGUAUCUCUGGUGUGUUUCUACAUCAUCUGGUAAUUGCAGGAAAAUUAUGAUAUCAUUAUGUCCUGGCUCAACAGACAACUGUGUCAUUUUCUUAACUACUUAAUAAUUAAAUUUUUUUUCAGCCUGUGGUUUCCCUCUCUUGAAAGUGGGGUUCUUCAUAAAGGAUAAGAGGAUUCAGAUAAAUGUCACAGUUUUUAUUUUGAAAACCCUUAUUAAUCUGACCCUUCUUAUUAAGAUGUUUGAUGAUAGCAGUAAUGCACACAAGGCAUAUCUCUCUAUCUGAAUUAUGCAUACAGAUGAAGCUGAAAUAACAAGGACAAGAGAACAAUGGUCUAGUACUGUUAUUUAUCACUCACUGUGUAACUUUUGAAUUAAAAAAUGAAUAGCCCCGCUGUAGUAUCUUCUAGUUGUUAAGAGAAAUAAUGAAUUACCCAGCCCACAGCUUAACUGUUUUAUUGUGAUUCAUUUUGCUUAGUGGAGCUUUUAUGCAGGUCCUGUCUGGCCAACAUUUUAAUUUUUAUAUUGACUGGCAGAGUCCAGCUGUUGCACUAGGUAAAAACUAGACACAUAGUAGUUGAGGUACUGUCCUGUGUGUAAUCAGUUCAAAAUAAGUGCAAUUCAGGUCAUGGAGUGUAGUGCAGGCCUGCUAAUUCUGCAUUUGUUACAUUUAUUUGUAUUCUCCAGAAAAAAGGUCUACAUGUUGGCUAUUUCCUGGUUGAUCAGCCGUGAAAUGUUAUGCUGCCUGUUCUGUGUGUUAUCCAGCUCUGUUACCAGUCAUAAAUGAGCAGGACCCGAUAAUUGGCACUCACACAACUGGCAUAGACUUAUACUCAAACGCCUUCCCUCAUGUAACCAGCCAGGACCCACUGUGUCACAGGGCCCUAGGGGUUAAACCUCAGAAUUUGAAUGGCAAAAUGUGCUGCCUACAGAGGAAUUUUGGGUGACACUGGGGAAGAGCACAAAAGUGACUGAGGGUACAUUCCUCAUUAGAAUCAGAUAGUGUUAAUGAGGAGUAUUGAUGAGAAGAAUGGGAGUUUAGAGAAAUUAAUUUUUUUUUAGUCCAGAUAGAACAAAGAGGUGCCCUCACAAAAGGGAAUAUGGUUUCACGGAGUCAUACUGCCUGUAUCACACAAAAGAAUGAAUGAAUAAUGAAUAAUGACAUGUCUGAACCAAACCAAUGUAUGUAACUGAUUUCCUAAUUGUACAGCAAUUAUUUUAUGCUGUUUUGUUGUAUCUUUAUUCUGACUUGAGCAGGGAGGGUGUGGGUGUGUGUGGGAGUAUAAAUGUGCAUCUGGGAUUGAACUUCAGCAUUUUACCCUUAUGUGUUGAAGUCUGCUGUUGACAGAUGCAGAAGCACAUGUCGCUCUCACACUAUCUGCAUCAGUUGCAAUACUCGUGGCAGAGAUGUUCAUCUAUGACAGAUUGCACUCUUCAGUUGUACCCUUGCCCAAAGGCUCCUCACAAAUAAAAAAGUAAAGUAAGGCACGUAUGUAUUGAGGAAAGAGCACACAAGGCUGAAGCAUAUGCCAUCUAAAGAGGAUGUAAUUGAUUUAAGAUUCAGAACAAAAUGAUUAUAUAUGAUCUUUGGUAAAAUAACAAUAGAUUUAAAAGAAAAAAACUAUAAAGGACCCCUUUAACUCAAAACUUGGUAUUACUUGAAAAUAAGAAUUUUUUCGAAAGCAUUUUAAUGGUGACUCAAUUGUUUUUAUUCAGAAAUAUGAAUGAAUCCAUAUUUCACAAGUCUGAGCUAAAACAAGAGCUGAAUCAAUAUUUAUUUUUGAUACAUAAAACUAGGUGUGUUACCUGAUAGCCACUCAGGUUUUUUUUAGAAGAUUGCUGCACCUUUUAUUGUUAGUGUGGGGGGGACUGACAGUAGAAGAGGUCAACAGAAUUUGGAACUUCCUGCUACUCUGAAAAGGUCAAAAGCCAAACUGAAAGGAGGUGCGGUGGCCAAAUGAGCAAGUGAUGAGCUGUUAGAAUCUUUGAAUUUAUUAGGUAGGUGUGGUGACAGGAAUCAGCGAAAUCCAGCGCUGCACGAGCCCCAUUCCGCUCAUAGCCUACAUUUCACAGUAAAUGACUGAGCAACCUCAGGCUUUAACGGGACUUGUCCUGGAUGUUUUGAGCCUUUCAGAUUUUUAUGCCUUUGUAAAGUCCCAAUUAUAUUUUGAAAAGACAAAUGGUAAUAUGUAGCAACGUUGCUGAUGCUAGAAUCCUCUCGUAAACAAAUUUGUUUUUCAGCAACAGCCUCCCACCAGAGUGUCCUAGGAGUGAAGGUUGAAGGAGAUUCUUCAUCCAGGCUCAUGAGAGAUGCUGGAUCCAUCUGCAUUAGGCAGGCUAGACAAUACAUGGCGUGUAUCAUAUCACAGGCCAUUGUUCCUUAGAACAAUAUGUCUGAGUACAUCGAAAAUCAAACCUGGCUUUUUAAUCAGCUUUCAAAUUUUUGCACACCCGAUUACGGAACGUCUAAUGCUGCUUAAAUGAAAUAUUUGCCCUCCUUCUGGAGAAUUCAAAGCUCUUUAAAAUUCCUCCCUGGUAAGUCGCUAGCUGAACAUAUUUUUGUGUGUGGGAGGACUGUACUGCCAGGCAGAAUUUGUUUUGCUCCCUUUUUUUGGACACACAAGGAGACCUUGAUACGACAUGAAUCAACUGCACCUUGUAAAAUAAUCUAGACAACCAAAACAAUCCUCAACAGUAAGAAUAUUAAUAAUCUUUUUAUGUGGGGGGUAAACACCAUUUGAUUGCCUGAGCAUUUCAUUUAUUGUAUUAUAGUGCUCUUAGCAAACAACAACAUAGAUAACAGCACAUUGAUAUAUCACAGAGUAACUGGAGUUCACCAGUUAUUUUUUAUGAAAGUAAUGCAUUGUUUGUGUGUUGCAUGAUAUUGAAACCAUAGGCAUUGUGGAAUCUGCUCUGGGUAUACACAUUUUCAGAUACAGUAUAGUGCCUUUUAAUUUGCCUAAAUACAUAUUUACAACAUUGGCUAUACCAAUCAAGUGAUUCAGGCAUUUUCUUUUGAUUUUCAUAGCCUGUGACCCAUUGAGCUGAGAUCUUCGUCAAGCAAUCGUUGAUAUGUUGUAGGACAGGGGACGUGUUCUGUCUCUCGAGGUUAACACGACGUGUGGCUCGGUGGUCUGUCAAGUGUAAUGGGACUGCGCGCUGUAGGGAGGGUGCGCGGAAAUUCUGUGGAUGGUGGAGAGCCCCUUGGGUCCCCCCUCCCCCGCACAUCUGGGCAACCCCUGUCACAAGCAGGUGUCGCCAUGCCUGACAUGACAGCACCCACCGAGGCCUGAGGAAGUGGCAGCAUGUCAUCCACAGACGUGUAGCGAUAAGACUCUUUUAUUUGUAUAUUUAGCUCUUUCCAGAGCUUAAGGUACAGUAUGUCUGAAGAUGGCCAAACGGUGGGAUGCGUAAAGAAGUGUUUAUUUUGAAGCAUCGGGUGUGUUUUUGCAUGUGUGCUUGGCACAGGGGUUAGGUUUUGUCUUUCACCAUGCAUAAAAAGAUUAAAAGAAGGAACAUUUAGUCUGACAGAUUCAUUUACAAUGGCGGUCAGGACUAGAAUAGUAUCUGUGAAAAAGCAGUGUCCUCAGCUGAAAGGCUAAAUUUAACAUGGUCAUAUCACAAAUAUCGCUGAGUGGUGGUUCAAAUAAAUUUGCAGCCUUUAUGUAUACAUAGCCUGCAAAAUUCUACAUAUUGUCUACCUUACUGAAAAAGUGGGCUUUUUUGUGGGGUUUCAGGCAACUACAUUCCUGUAUGUUUGAGAGAAAAGUUUCCACACAUGUGACUUCCAGUCCAGUGUCACUUGCUCUGUUUUUACCAGAAACCACAUCAGACGCGGCAUAUACAACAGACAGAGAGAGAGAGAGAGUGAGAGAGAGAGAGAGAGCGAGAACGAGAGAGCAGGCGAGCGAGAGCGAGAGAGUAGAGAGUGAGAGAAGAGCCUUACUCAUUAAGCAGAAAACCAAGUUCAGCUCAGCACACACACGCACGCACGCAGAAAGAAGUGGAGGCUGGUGACGGGUUCUGGUGACGCGCUUGGCUAUGGCUCAGGGCUCUGACAGUAACGACACAAGUUUCACGAGGUCUCCAUCUCCAAACAGCAGGCAGGACUCUUCGGAUGAUGUGAAGAAGGUGAUGAGGAGGGAAAAGAAUCGUAUUGCUGCCCAGAAGAGCCGGAUGAGGCAGACACAGAAGGCUGACAGCUUGCACUUGGAGAGUGAGAACCUUGAAAAAGAAAAUGCUGCCUUGAGGAAAGAGGUGAAGCAGCUGACGGAGGAGGCCAAAUACUUGUCAUCCGUUCUGAGCAGUCACGAGCCUCUGUGUUCUAUGAUGGGUCCACAGUCCUCUGACAUCCUCUACUCUCCACAUCAUGGGGCCUUCCACCAACCACACAUGGCCUCACGCUACCAGCACUGACCACCGGGGGAGCUGCUUCCAACAAAGAGUGCGGUGAAGGUGGACAAUCUCCUUAUAAGGGGCACAUGGGUUUUCAUUACAGGGGGAAACGGUCUCACAUGUGUACAUGUUUAACAGAAGUAAACAGCCAUUGUUGAUUACUCUCAGAUUUCAUCGGUGCCAAGUGGAGCUGGAGAUCAAAAUAGUUUUAAAGGGAAUGACAAUCCAUAAUGUUAGACAAACUGACAAACACAACCAUUGCCAAUGUCCUUUGGUUGGUAAAGAUGGUAAACAUCAACUCAGCACAGCUGGCUGAUGGGAUAAAAUGGGUAAAAGUGUCCUUUUGAAUGUGUCUUUUAUGCGUGACCAUUUCAGUUUUUGGCAAAUGGAUCAAUUGGUGGCACAGGACAGCAAUUGUUUUACUGUAAACGUGUUUCUUAUUUAGAAACAAAAUCUUAAAUAUUAGAUUUCCUAGAACUGUAGGUCUAGGUUCCUUUUGACCUAUGUGUUGAUUUGUUUUAUUUUAAAAUGUAUUAUUUAUUUCAAGAGUGAUAGAUUUGAUGAAUAUUUUCUAAAUAUCUUGACUUGUCUUGCCUUUCCGUUAUACUUCCAGUUGAGUCGAUGAAAUUAGUUUACUUAUUCUUUAAGAGUGAUAACUCACAACAUUUACAGUGUUAAUGGUGGAGAAGUGUUUUGUGGAUAUUCAUUUGAACAUUUAUUCUGUUUGGUGCAGUUGGAACAAAGACAUCCUUCAUGAUUGCAUUCAUCAUAAAAGAAUGUUUUAUAGUAAAUAUUAUAAUGUCCUAAAUACCUCAAGAUUUUAGUACAAAUCAACUGAAAAUGUUUUGAAUGUUUUAAAAUUAAAUUGCCGAGUGAGAAUGUAGUUUGUAUAAUUUAGUAGGAAAUUUUGAAAAUUGUUAUGGGUACUCAAAUACAAAUACACCAGUUCAAAUCCUGCGAUUUAAUUUGCAAGCAGUUUACACUGUAUUCUUUAUACCAUAUCCCAUAGGUAUUUGGGUUGAAAGAACUAUGCUCAGUAAUUGACAAAUUAACAGGAUCCAUUGACAUGAGAUUACCUGUCUGUUAUUGACACAUCUGUGAAGUACAAGUCAGGCAGUGGGUCAUCUUCAGCCCAAUGAACUGCAGCUCUCUUUCC